AAUACAUACAAACCAAAGUUUUUGGAGGAGUUGUGUGCUGUUGGGUGGUGUGUGGCGAAGUCCCAGAUCGUCUCCCGCCGGAUCCAAACGAAAUGUGUCGUCUGCCCUCGCGGGCGGCAGUCGCUCGAAAGCGAGCGAUCGUCCCUCGUGUUUUUACGCCGAGGUAUAGUCUCACAGAAACAGGUGAUUGUGUUAUAAUUUCCCCGGUCGCCGGCAAACACACAUUUCCUCCUCCUCCACCACUAAUCUCCCUCUACAAAAUAUAAACAUUAAAGUGUCGUGUCGUGUGUGAGCAUUUAUAAAAAAAAAAAACAAGAGAGAGAAAAACACAGGAGUGAGAGAGACAGCAAGAAAAUAUGGCCGCUACCGGUGCAUCCUUACGUGCAAUUUUAAUCCUAAGGUUUGAAAUGACGCGUGUGUUUAGUGGCAGUCCAAAUUUAACGGUAGUCAGAAAAUAUCGAAACGAAACAUGGUGUCGAAGAUGGAAAAAUAUUUCACGACGAAGUCUUUCAAGUUCAUCAAAUACAUUUGCACCAAUAUUGAGUCCUGUGAUAGGAAAGGAAGUGUCGAGGGAAUCGGUCGUUAUGCGAGACAUGACGACAAUGGAUAUCAAGGAUUCCAAAGAUUUUGUAAAAGAAUCGAAAGUAGAGGAAAAAAAUCCAAAGGAAUCGAAAACGAAGAGUAUUAAGGAAAAAGUUUCAUCCCUACUUAAUAGCAGCACAAAUGCUCCUGAGACUUCCGAGGGACGAAAAAUGAAAAAAGAAACCAAGGAACCAAAGCGUUCAAAGAAAAAAGCAAUUAUUGAGCCCGAAGUUGUAGUCGAAUAUCAUAGAGGUCUUCCCAGAAUUAAAGUUCCAUUACCAUCGAGAAGGGAAAGUUGUUUUUUCACCCUAAAACCAAUCACACACACUGUCGGCGAUUUUCUCGAAAUGCUAAAAUGCGAGGAUCGAGGUAUCGAUAGAGCAUCAAUUACCACCAUUGACGGUACAAGAAUAGGUUUCAGUAAUACAAUCGAAUCAUUAAUGGAGGAGGAUUUUAAAUUAAUUAUUAACGAUAAUGUUUACACAGUAGCACCACCGGUUCAUCAAUUAAAACCAACGGAGGGAAUUCAACAAUUAUCUGAUAUUCAGACAAUGAUAACGCAAUUGUACGAUACACUUCACGUUCGAGAGCAUCAUGCAGACAUGGAGAAGCGAGUUUUAGCUCAAUUGGAAGUUGUUAGAUUAGAAUUAGAACCUUUAGAACAGCAAAAAUUGGAAAUUGAAAUGGCGGCAGCGAGAAGGGCAAAUUUAUCAGCGUGGGCUGGUUUGGUAAUGAUGUCGGUACAAUUUGGAAUUUUGGCACGACUAACAUGGUGGGAAUACUCAUGGGAUAUUAUGGAGCCUGUUACAUAUUUUGUCACGUACGGCACUGCGAUGCUUUGUUACGUUUAUUUUCUCCUAACAAGACAAGAAUACAUGUUGCCGGACGCGUUACAUCGUCAACUACUCGUUGGCUUUCACAAAAAGGCGAAAAAAAUUGGAUUCGAUUUGGCGCGCUACAAUGUAUUAAAGGACCAAGCCUACGAGCUGGAGACAACAUUAAAAAUAAUACGCGGCCCUCUUUGGGAGAAGAAGCAUUUAAUUGAAAAGCGCGAAGAGAGACGUUCAAGUUCAAGUUCAAGUUCGAGUUCAAGUUCAAGAUCGCGCUCACGAAGUGACUCACGUAGUCCAAGUCCUAGUCCAAAAAAAGAACCAAAAGAACCAAAAGAAAAAAAUUCUGUUCCCACAAAUCACAGAUAAUUAGAUAAUUUUCAAAAAAAAAAAAAAAAAAAAAUGUUCUGUACUUAUUUCAAUUUUAUGUGAAAAAAAUUUACAAUUCCUAAAUAUUCGGAAAAUUAGUUUGAUUCAAUAUUCUCCUUUUUUGGUUUAAGUUUGGUUUUGAUUUAGUAUUUUCUACAGUAUUUUGCCUCAAAAGAAAAAUUUCAGACUAUACGCAAUAUUCAGGUUUCAAUUUAUUUUUUCUUCAAACUCCUAUAAAUUUUUCAAACCAAAAAUCGAUUUUUAAAAUAAAAUUUUUUUUUUUGGUUUAACUUUGGUUUCGAUUUUAAAGAGUUUUUGAUA